ACUUACCAGGUAUCAAAUUCUCCCAGAUGCCAGAAUAUGCACAGGCCGUCAGAAGGGGCUGAUGCGGAGGAGAGGCUGAGACAGCUCACGAUGACCACCACCGUAGCCACAGACUACGACAACAUCGAGAUCCAGCAGCAGUACAGUGACGUCAACAACCGUUGGGAUGUGGACGACUGGGACAAUGAGAACAGCUCAGCGCGGCUCUUUGAACGCUCGCGCAUCAAGGCGCUGGCAGAUGAGCGCGAGGCCGUGCAGAAGAAGACGUUCACCAAAUGGGUCAACUCCCACCUGGCCCGGGUGUCCUGCCGGAUCACAGACCUAUACACGGACCUCCGGGAUGGGCGGAUGCUCAUCAAGCUGCUGGAGGUGCUCUCCGGGGAGAGGCUGCCCAAGCCCACCAAGGGCCGCAUGCGCAUCCACUGCCUGGAGAACGUGGAUAAGGCCCUGCAGUUUCUGAAGGAGCAGAGAGUCCACCUCGAGAACAUGGGGUCCCACGACAUCGUGGACGGGAACCACCGGCUCACGCUGGGCCUCAUCUGGACCAUCAUCCUGCGCUUCCAGAUCCAAGAUAUCAGUGUCGAAACCGAAGACAACAAGGAGAAGAAAUCCGCCAAGGAUGCGCUCCUCCUGUGGUGCCAGAUGAAGACAGCUGGGUACCCCAACGUCAACAUCCACAACUUCACCACGAGCUGGCGGGAUGGCAUGGCCUUCAAUGCCCUGAUCCACAAGCACCGGCCAGACCUGAUAGAUUUCGACAAGCUGAAGAAAUCCAACGCACACUACAAUCUCCAGAAUGCAUUCAACCUGGCCGAGCAGCACCUGGGGCUCACCAAACUGCUGGACCCUGAGGACAUCAGCGUGGACCACCCCGACGAGAAGUCCAUCAUCACCUAUGUGGUGACCUACUACCACUACUUCUCCAAGAUGAAGGCCCUGGCCGUGGAGGGGAAGCGAAUCGGGAAGGUGCUCGACAAUGCUAUUGAAACAGAGAAAAUGAUUGAGAAGUACGAGUCACUUGCCUCUGACCUUCUGGAAUGGAUCGAACAAACUAUCAUCAUUUUAAACAAUCGCAAAUUUGCCAACUCUUUGGUGGGAGUCCAGCAGCAACUCCAGGCCUUCAACACGUACCGCACUGUGGAGAAGCCCCCCAAGUUCACCGAGAAGGGAAACCUGGAGGUGUUGCUCUUCACCAUCCAGAGCAAGAUGCGGGCCAACAACCAGAAGGUCUACAUGCCCCGGGAGGGGAAGCUCAUCUCUGACAUCAACAAGGCCUGGGAGCGACUGGAAAAAGCCGAACACGAACGCGAACUGGCCCUGCGGAAUGAGCUCAUCCGGCAGGAGAAACUGGAACAGCUCGCACGCAGAUUCGACCGCAAAGCGGCCAUGCGGGAGACGUGGCUGAGUGAGAACCAGCGGCUGGUGUCUCAGGACAACUUUGGAUUCGACCUUCCCGCCGUGGAGGCGGCCACGAAGAAGCACGAGGCCAUCGAGACGGACAUCGCCGCCUACGAGGAGCGCGUGCAGGCCGUGGUGGCCGUGGCCCGGGAGCUGGAGGCCGAGAACUACCACGACAUCAAGCGCAUCACGGCGAGGAAGGACAACGUCAUCCGGCUCUGGGAGUACCUGCUGGAGCUGCUGCGGGCACGCCGGCAGCGCCUGGAGAUGAACCUGGGGCUGCAGAAGAUCUUCCAGGAGAUGCUGUACAUCAUGGACUGGAUGGACGAGAUGAAGGUGCUGCUGCUGUCGCAGGACUUCGGCAAACACUUGCUGGGCGUGGAGGACCUGCUGCAGAAGCACGCCCUGGUCGAGGCCGACAUCGGCAUCCAGGCGGAGCGCGUGCGGGCUGUCAACGCCUCCGCCCAGAAGUUCGCCGCGGACGGGGAAGGCUACAAGCCCUGCGACCCGCAGGUGAUCCGGGACCGCGUGGCCCACAUGGAGUUCUGCUACCAGGAGCUCUGCCAGCUGGCGGCUGAGCGUCGGGCGCGCCUGGAGGAGUCCCGCCGCCUCUGGAAGUUUUUCUGGGAGAUGGCGGAGGAGGAGGGCUGGAUCCGCGAGAAGGAGAAGAUCCUGUCGUCCGACGACUAUGGCCGCGACCUGACCAGCGUGGUGCGGCUGCUCAGCCAGCACCGCGCCUUCGAGGAUGAGAUGAGCGGCCGCAGCGGCCACCUGGAGCAGGCCAUCCGGGAGGGUGAGGCCAUGAUCACCGAGCAGCACUUCGGCUUCGAGAAGACGCGGGAGCGCAUCGCGGACAUCCGCGAGCAGUGGGCCAGCCUGGGCCGCCUGGCGGCCGUGCGCAAGCGGCGUCUGGAGGAGGCGCUGCUGCUGCACCAGUUCCAGGCCGACGCCGACGACGUGGAUGCCUGGAUGCUGGACAUCCUCAAGAUCGUGUCCAGCAGCGACGUGGGCCACGACGAGUACUCCACGCAGUCGCUGGUGAAGAAGCACAAGGACGUGGCGGAGGAGAUCGCCAACUACCGGCCAGCCAUUGACGCGCUGCACGAGCAGGCGGGCGCGCUGCCGCCCGAGCACGCCGAGAGCCCCGCGGUCAGGGCCCGGCUGGCUGGCGUCGAGGAGCGCUACAAGGAGGUGGCCGAGCUGACGCGGCUGCGCAAACAGGCCUUGCAGGACACGCUGGCCCUCUACAAGAUGUUCAACGAGGCCGACGCCUGCGAGCUCUGGAUCGACGAGAAGGAGCAGUGGCUGGACAGCAUGCAGAUCCCCGAGAAGCUGGAGGACCUGGAGGUCAUCCAGCACAGGUUCGAGAGUCUGGAGCCCGAGAUGAACAGCCAGGCCUCCCGGGUGGCCGUGGUCAACCAGAUCGCCCGGCAGCUGAUGCACAGCGGCCACCCGAGUGAGAAGGACAUCAAAGCCCAGCAGGACAAACUGAACACGAGGUGGAGCCAGUUCAGGGAACUGGUCGACCGCAAGAAGGACGCACUUCUCUCUGCUCUGAGCAUCCAAAACUACCACCUCGAGUGCAACGAGACCAAGUCCUGGAUCCGGGAGAAGACCAAGGUGAUUGAGUCCACUCAGGACCUGGGCAACGACCUGGCGGGCGUGAUGGCCCUGCAGCGCAAGUUGACCGGCAUGGAGCGGGACCUGGUGGCCAUCGAGGCGAAACUGAGCGACCUGCAGAAGGAGGCAGAGAAGCUGGAGUCGGAGCACCCGGACCAGGUGCAGGCCAUCCUGUCGAGGCUGGCCGAGAUCGGCGACGUGUGGGAGGAGAUGAAGACCACGCUGCGGAACCGCGAGGCCUCGCUGGGGGAGGCCAGCAAGCUGCAGCAGUUCCUGCGGGACCUGGACGACUUCCAGUCCUGGCUGUCCCGCACGCAGACGGCCAUCGCCUCGGAGGACAUGCCCAACACACUGGCCGAGGCCGAGAAGCUGCUCACGCAGCACGAGAACAUCAAGAACGAGAUCGACAACUACGAGGAGGACUACCAGAAGAUGCGGGACAUGGGUGAGAUGGUCACCCAGGGCCAGACGGACGCCCAAUACAUGUUCCUGCGCCAGCGGCUGCAGGCCCUGGACACGGGCUGGAACGAGCUGCACAGGAUGUGGGAGAACAGGCAGAGCCUCCUGUCCCAGUCACACGCCUACCAGCAGUUCCUGCGUGACACGAAGCAGGCUGAGGCCUUCCUCAACAACCAGGAGUACGUCCUGGCCCACACUGAGAUGCCCGCCACGCUGGAGGGCGCCGAGGCUGCCAUCCGCAAGCAGGAGGAUUUCAUGACCACCAUGGACGCCAACGAGGAGAAGAUCAGCGCCGUGGUGGAGUCGGGCCGCAGGCUGCUGAGCGCCGGCAACGUCAGCUCAGACCGUAUCCAGGAGAAGGUGGACUCCAUCGACGACAGACACAGGAAGAACCGCGAGGCAGCCAGUGAGCUUCUGAUGCGACUGAAGGACAACAGGGACCUUCAGAAGUUCCUGCAGGACUGUCAGGAGCUCUCUCUCUGGAUCAACGAGAAGAUGCUCACGGCCCAGGACAUGUCCUACGACGAGGCCCGAAACCUGCACAGUAAGUGGCUGAAGCACCAGGCGUUCAUGGCGGAGCUUGCGUCCAACAAAGAAUGGCUGGACAAGAUCGAGAAGGAAGGAAUGCAGCUCAUUUCUGAAAAGCCAGAGACGGAAGCUGUGGUGAAGGAGAAACUCACUGGUUUACACAAGAUGUGGGAAGUCCUUGAAUCCACCACCCAGACCAAGGCCCAGCGACUUUUUGAUGCAAACAAGGCUGAACUUUUCACCCAGAGCUGUGCGGACCUGGACAAGUGGCUGCAUGGGCUGGAGACCCAGAUCCAGUCUGAUGACUACGGCAAGGACCUCACCAGCGUCAACAUUCUGCUCAAAAAGCAGCAGAUGCUGGAGAACCAGAUGGAGGUGAGGAAGAAGGAGAUCGAAGAGCUGCAGAGCCAGGCCCAGGCCCUGAGCCAGGAGGGGAAGAGCACGGACGAGGUGGACAGCAAGCGGCUGACUGUGCAGACCAAGUUCCGGGAGCUGCUGGAGCCGCUGACCGAGAGGAAGCAGUACCUGCUGGCCUCCAAGGAGAUCCAUCAGUUCAACCGGGAUGUGGAGGAUGAAAUCCUGUGGGUCGGAGAGCGCAUGCCUCUGGCCACAUCCACGGACCACGGCCACAACCUGCAGACCGUGCAACUUCUCAUCAAGAAGAACCAGACCCUCCAGAAGGAGAUACAGGGCCACCAGCCGCGCAUCGACGACAUCUUCGAGCGGAGCCAGAGCAUCGUCACGGCCAGCAGCCCCAACGCCGAGGCCAUCCGGCAGCGGCUGGCUGACCUGAAGCAGCUGUGGGGGCAGCUGAUGGCUGAGACGGAGAAGCGACAUGCGCGGCUGGAGGAGGCCCACCGCGCCCAGCAGUACUACUUCGAUGCGGCUGAGGCCGAGGCCUGGAUGAGCGAGCAGGAGCUGUACAUGAUGUCAGAGGAGAAAGCCAAGGACGAGCAGAGCGCCGUGUCCAUGCUGAAGAAGCACCAGAUUCUGGAGCAGGCCGUGGAAGACUAUGCGGAGACUGUGCACCAGCUGUCCACCACAAGCCGCGCCCUGGUGGCCGAGGGCCACCCCGAAAGCGAGCGCAUCAGCAUGCGGCAGUCCAAGGUGGACAAGCUGUACGCGGGACUGAAGGACCUGGCCGAGGAGAGGAGGGGCAAGCUGGACGAGCGGCACCGGCUGUUCCAGCUCAACCGGGAGGUGGACGACUUGGAGCAGUGGAUCGCCGAGAGGGAGGUGGUCGCAGGCUCCCACGAGCUGGGGCAGGACUAUGAGCAUGUCACGAUGCUCCAGGAACGGUUCCGAGAGUUCGCCCGGGACACGGGGAACAUCGGGCAGGAGCGAGUAGACACGGUGAACCACAUGGCAGACGACCUCAUCAACUCGGGCCACUCGGACGCGGCUACCAUCGCCGAAUGGAAGGACGGGCUCAACGAGGCCUGGGCCGACCUCUUGGAGCUCAUCGACACCAGGACGCAGAUCCUUGCCGCCUCCUACGAGCUGCACAAGUUCUACCACGAUGCCAAGGAGAUCUUUGGGCGCAUCCAGGACAAGCACAAGAAACUCCCCGAGGAGCUAGGGCGGGACCAGAACACAGUGGAGACCCUGCAGCGGAUGCACACCACCUUCGAGCACGACAUCCAGGCACUGGGCACGCAGGUGCGGCAGCUGCAGGAGGAUGCGGCCCGCCUUCAGGCGGCCUAUGCAGGCGACAAGGCCGAUGACAUCCAGAAGCGGGAGAAUGAGGUACUGGAGGCCUGGAAGGCCCUCCUGGACGCCUGUGAGGGCCGCAGGGUGCGACUGCUGGACACGGGGGACAAGUUCCGCUUCUUCAGCAUGGUGCGGGAUCUCAUGCUGUGGAUGGACGACGUCAUUCGGCAGAUCGAGGCCCAGGAGAAGCCCAGGGAUGUGUCAUCGGUUGAGCUAUUGAUGAAUAAUCAUCAGGGUAUCAAAGCUGAGAUCGAUGCUCGGAAUGACAGUUUCACAACCUGCAUUGAACUUGGGAAAUCCCUGCUGGCGAGAAAGCACUAUGCAUCAGAGGAGAUCAAGGAAAAGUUGUUGCAGCUGACGGAAAAGAGAAAAGAAAUGAUUGACAAGUGGGAGGACCGAUGGGAAUGGCUUCGACUGAUCCUGGAGGUCCAUCAGUUCUCAAGGGACGCCAGCGUGGCUGAGGCCUGGCUGCUGGGGCAGGAGCCAUACCUGUCCAGCCGGGAAAUUGGCCAGAGUGUGGACGAGGUGGAGAAGCUCAUCAAGCGGCACGAAGCCUUUGAGAAGUCGGCCGCCACCUGGGAUGAGCGCUUCUCUGCCCUGGAAAGGCUGACAACAUUGGAGUUACUGGAAGUGCGUAGACAGCAAGAGGAAGAAGAGAGGAAACGACGGCCGCCAUCUCCGGAGCAGACGAAGGUUUCUGAGGAGACCGAGUCCCAGCAGUGGGACGCUUCCAAAGGAGAACCUGUGUCCCAUAAUGGCUUGCCGACUGACCAGGGAUCUCCACGGAUGACAGACAAGGGGAACACGAGCGAAUUGGUCAAUGGCGCCGCAGAGCAAAGGACGAGCUCGAAGGAGUCCAGCCCCAUCCCCUCCCCAACAUCCGACCGCAAAGCCAAGACUGGCCUCCCAGCCCAGGGCGCGGCCACCCUCCCAGCCCGGACGCAGGACGCUCCCUCCGCCCAAAUGGAAGGCUUCCUGAACCGGAAGCACGAGUGGGAGGCCCACAACAAGAAGGCCUCGAGCAGAUCCUGGCACAACGUCUACUGCGUCAUCAACAACCAGGAAAUGGGCUUCUACAAGGACGCGAAGAUGGCGGCCUCUGGGGUGCCCUACCACAGCGAGGUCCCCGUGAGUCUUAGGGAGGCCGUCUGUGAGGUGGCGCUCGACUACAAGAAGAAGAAGCAUGUGUUCAAGCUCAGGCUGAGCGAUGGCAACGAGUACCUCUUCCAAGCCAAAGACGACGAGGAAAUGAAUGCAUGGAUCCAGGCCAUCUCCUUCGCCAUCGCCGACAAACAUGAGGUGGCCGCCAGCACCCAGAGCACGCCGGCAUCCAGCCGGGCACAGACCCUGCCCACCAGCGUCGUCACCAUCACCAGCGAGUCCAGUCCCGGCAAGCGGGAGAAGGACAAAGAGAAAGACAAAGAGAAGCGGUUUAGCCUGUUUGGCAAAAAGAAGUGACCCUGCCCUUCUCCUCCGUCCCUCUCCUUCCCGUGAAGUCCAGCAUGCAGGCUCAGAACCAACAUUACUCUCUGUGCCUACUGUUCCUCCAUGUGGUUUUUUUGUUGGUUUGGGGGGUUUGUUUGUUUUUUUAAUUUAUAGAGCAUUUCUGGGGUGGGGGGGUGGGAGAAAUACACCUAAAAACACUUUAUCUCCAAGUUACAAAAGUUUGAGGUGCAGAGGGAAGACCAGAUUUUUUUUAAACAAAAUUCUAUAGAUUAGAUCUCAAUAUUUAAACUGUUCCUCAAUUUUGUGAGGCUGUGUUGGAACGCCCUCCUCUCGUGCUGUUGGUACAGAAAGCAGAGGUGCUCAACCCGACCCUGGUGCCCAUCUGAGACAGCCCGCACCCAACACCGCGGCUCGGCUCGGCCGACGCAGCCAACCACUAUUCUGGUCUCCCUGCCCGGAGCAGCUCCACAUAACUCUACAGACCAAACUGUUUAUGUCAGGCUUCACUUACUAACCCACGACAUGCGGCUUUUCUGCAUCAAUUGUGACGACGGUUAAGAAUGUCAGUGUACAAGGAGUAGAAAACUGAUACUGUUUUAAAUAAUCUGUAAUUUCAACUUUUUUUUCCUGAAAUACAUUAUAUUGUAUGUUUGAGAUAAUUCUAGUACAAAGUAUAAUAAAACUAGAUAUAUAAUAAACCCUUUAAAUCAUCGGUAAGUGUCCAAGUGGAACUGAAGCAUUUACUGGACAAAGUAAUGUUACUCUAAUGGUUACUUGCUCGUGUUGCCACACUGUGUUAUGAUUUGCUUCAUUACCUUGCUCUUUGAUACAUAGUGUGCAUUUCUCUGUCACUGUAAUGAUUGUAACCACAAGUUUUCAUCUUACUGCACAAUCAGAAUGACAUGAUAGGAAUGAAGGAGGCUGGGCCUGAGGGGGGACGUUCGACCACCCAGCCCGCUGCUGUCGUAUGACCUGUACCUCUCAACUUUUGCCCUAUCUGUUAAAUAUAUGCUAUGUCAUUAAAUGCUUUUAAAUCUA